UUCCAUUUUAUCGUCGAUAAGUCGAUGCUGGGUUAGCCAACACACAGAAACUGCGGCAACCAUCCAAAACCAUCAACUAGACUGAAAACUUUUUAUUAAAACUACAAAAAUCAGGUCAUAAAAGCCACUAGAAGAAACCUUCGAGUUAAGAAGCUCAUUCCAGACGCCUGAGAAAUCAUUUUUGGCCAGCAAGGAAUCGAAAAAGUGGCCGCCAAUUAAUAUAUAACCAAGAUGCGCGACGAGAUAUUGGACCCCAGCAACCUGGUGAAGAACCGGGAGAUCCUCUACCGCCUGAUGAUCAGCCAACUGAUGUACGAUGGCUUGGAAAAGUUUGCCAUGGAACUGUCCAUGUUGGUCAAGGCGGAUCAGUGUGCGCCAAGCGAGCGGCUACUGCACGUGAUGAUCGCUGGAAUGCAGACCCUCGGCGAUAAGGACAAAACACAAGCCGAUGAUGUUCUCCCUGGAAUCGAUCUUGAGUUCGAGCCAGAAGCGUCGGCCUUGGCCCCAGAACCGCAUUCCUACGAAACCGCCUACGUGACAUCGCACAAGCAGGCUUGUCGGGCAGGAGCUUUCAGCUUCGAUGGUUCGCUGGUGGCCACCGGCAGUGUGGAUGCCAGUAUCAAGAUUCUUGACGUGGAACGAAUGUUGGCCAAAUCUGCGCCCGAGGACAUUGAACCAGGACGCGAGCAGCAGGGACACCCAGUUAUCCGAACUCUGUACGAUCACACCGAUGAGGUGUCCUACUUGGAAUUCCAUCCCAAGGAGCACAUCCUCGCCUCAGCCUCGCGGGACGGAACUGUGAAGCUUUUCGACAUUGCCAAGCCAUCUGUUAAGAAGGCCCACAAGGUGUUUACCGAUUGCGAGCCAGUUUUGUGUCUGUCCUUCCAUCCCACUGGUGACUACGUGGCCAUUGGCACGGAACACAAUGUUCUCCGGGUGUAUGACGUCCAUACUGCCCAGUGCUUCGUGAGCGCCAUUCCGUCGCAGCAGCACAAGGCCGGCGUCACGUGCGUGAAGUAUUCCCCAACAGCCAAGCUGUACGCCACGGGAAGCUACGAUGGAGACAUCAAGGUGUGGGACGGUGUCAGCGGCAGGUGCAUAAAUACUAUUGCUGAAGCCCAUGGGGGAGCGGCCAUUUGUUCCCUGGAGUUUACUCGAAAUGGAAAGUACCUUCUCUCUUCGGGUAUGGACUCGCUGGUCUACUUGUGGGAACUAUGUACCAGUCGACCCAUUCAGACGUAUACUGGAGCCGGAACAACGGGGAAGCAGGAGCACCACACGGAAGCUGUGUUUAAUCACACGGAGGACUAUGUUCUCUUCCCUGAUGAGGCGACCACGUCCCUGUGCUCGUGGAACUCGCGCAACGGCUGCCGGUUGACGCUGAACUCCCUGGGCCACAACGGGCCAGUUCGGUACAUCACCCACUCGCCGAACGCCCCAGCUUUUCUCACCUGCUCAGAUGACUUUCGCGCCCGGUUUUGGUAUCGUCGUGCCAAUAACCAGUAACCUUAAGAUUAGCCAGCUUAAGAUAUUACCAUUUUUAAGAGAAAACUUCUUAAAGUUAUUAUUAAAAACGAAAGAUCUGUGUAUUUCACUAAAA